AAGAUCAUGUAUAUAAAGAAAAACAGUAUGGAGGCUUUUAAAUCAUAUCAAAGAAUACCCGACUGUCAGUAUGAAAAAGAGCAUCACCACACUUGUCUCUUUAAUCCUAUGCUUGCUAUUAAAGCAAAGUCUAUGUGGAAAUUACGGAGGCAGUUCACAUUCACAAAAUUAUUACGGUUCUGUACCGUCCCAAGACAAACAAAGGAGCGGAAAAGCGAGUUUAAAUUAUGAUACCCAUUUGCUGGAAAAUCACUACAAACAGUUGUACCAGGAGCAGCUUUACCAAGGCAACAUCCAGCAAUACUCCCAAAAGAAGCAUUUAAGUGGCUUGGGGGGAUAUGGGAGAGCGAAUUACCAGAAAGGUUCUUACCGGCCAGGGUAUUAUGGAAAUACAUACGCUGAUUCGUACAGUAAAGGUUAUUCAGGAUACGGAAAACAGAAGCCGUACAAUUAUAACCAGGGUGACGUGUCCGUUCUUUUGCCGUCGAGUGCCGGUUUCUUUGGAAACUCUGGAGUGAUUGGUAACGGUUUCGGAUAUAACUCUGGACUGGGAUAUGGGCCGACAGUCGGGUCUGGAUAUAGAUCUGGACUGGGAUAUUUAUCAACAGCCGGAUAUGGGUAUGGUUUUCCUCCAUUUGGAUAUGGAUUAGAGACUAAUAUUUAUCCCCCAGGUUCUCCAGCAUCGCCUUAUCUAUUUCAAGGACCUUCUCUGAUGGAUCAUGCUACGGGGUUCAUUAAGAGCGGCACAGGGAAACUCAUAGGCUCAGCUGUUUUGGGAACCCUUUUAUACAAAGCUUUAGUUGGUUUCCAAGGAAAGCAGGAAGAGGAAUUCUAA